CCCCCACCCCGCAGAGCAUACUGAAGCCGAACGCAUACAUUGCCGCUCAGGGACCCAAUGAGUUCACUAUAAACGACUUCUGGCGUAUGGUUUGGGAGCAGAAGUCGAUGGUUAUAGUGAUGCUGACGAAGGUGUUUGACUUCAUACGAGUCAUGUGUUGCCAGUAUUGGCCGAUGGAGGAGAACAAGCCCGAGAUGUACGGCAACAUUGAGGUGACUCUACUCCGUGAGGAACCGUUGGCCGACUUUGUCAUCCGGACAUUAAAAGUGAGAAAUCCCGCAGAAAUGAUAACCAAAGCUAGUGAGAGGUCUAGUUUACGAUCAAAACAGACUUCGAGUGGCUUUAAGAGCUUGACUCCAAUGAGUCGGUCGAGCCUUAAGUCCCGGUCGACCCGAUUCUCGUCGAUGAGGCCAUCGGUGAAUACCGUCGACUAUAACGGCACGAUUGCCACCGACUAUUACAGCGACCCUAACCUCUCCUACAAGAGCGAGGCCUUCCUGUCGGCGCGAACAGAUGUGUACGAGAAUGGCGACCAUUAUGUCAAUGGCAUCGAUGAGGACGAGGAUGUGCUCGAAGACGACGUGUUCGCCGACGACGAGCACACCAUCAUUGCCGAUGAGACCAAUGAACGCAUUAUAUAUCAACUGCAUUAUCAUAGCUGGUCAUCACAUACCUGUCCAUUCCCAAACUCUUUGCUACAGUUUCGUAGGAGAGUUCGCAUUUACAUGAAUGAACUGCUUAUGGAUGAGAAAUUGGAUAAAAUCGGACCAACGAUUGUACAUUGCAGUGAUGGCGGUGGCCGGACGGGUGCCUACAUGUGUAUUGACGCCAACCUGGAGUUGGCAGAGGAGGACGGCUUUUACGAUGUGUUCGGUUAUGCAAAACGUAUGAAACACUCGCGUAAAGGACUCAUUGAGAAUAUGGACCAGUACAAGUUUGUUUACGACGCCUUAGAGGAGGCCUACUUUUGCGGUAAGACAUGGUUUCCCGUGGAUGAGCUCUCGCAGCAAAUGAGAUUCAAGUCGAGUAAAAACCUUAUGAAUCAAAAUGAAUAUUUCCUCGAAUACCAGAAAAUCCUGAAAAUGACAGUAAAGCCGACGAUUGGUGACUGCGCUGGCGGUCAUCGCAUCGAGAAUCGCGAUAAGAAUAGAGACGUAUCCAUAGUUCCCCCCGACAAUUUCCGGCCAUACCUCACAUCAUUCCAGAGUAAUGACUGCACCGACUAUAUUAACGCCGUGUUUGUAGACGGUUACACCCGGUCUAAGGAAUACAUAAUAACUGAGUGGCCAAUGAAGAAGACAAUGCAAGACAUCUGGUGCCUCAUCUAUGACCACGAAUGCAAUUCUGUGGUC